AAAAACGAGAACACACCCUCUUCCACGUUCUGCUUUUAGUGACGGAGGCUGCGCAUCAUCGUCCCGGUAGAGCAGCUGAGCCGCCUGAACAGCCCACCUCAGAAAGCGGAGCGGCCAGGCAACACGGCUAGCUGCUGGUAUCUGUCAACACAUCUCAGAGCAGACAGAGACACCAUGGACUGAGCAGGACUGAAGUUGAAGCUGACAUGUUUAGAUUGAUUUGCCAUGGAAACGGACAUGAUACCCAAAUUCUCCUCGAAAGAUGAGGAAAUCGACUUCUGGAAGAGUCUUUCCCUUAAGUACAAGCAAAGCUUCCAGGAGGCCCAGGAGGAGCUGCUGGAGUUCCAGGAGGGCAGCAGGGAGCUGGAGGCCGAGCUGGAGGCCCAGCUCCAGCAGGCCGAGCACCGCCUCAGAGACCUCCUCUCUGAGAACCAGCGCUUCAAGAACGACCUGGACUCCCUGAAGGAGAAGCUGGAGACGCAGUACUCCCAGAAUUACAAGCAGAUGUCGGUUCUGGAGGACGACCUGGGCCAGACCCGAAGCGUGAAGGACCAACUGCACAAAUACGUACGGGAGCUAGAGCAGGCCAACGAUGACCUGGAGCGAGCCAAGAGGGCCACCAUCGUGUCUCUGGAGGACUUCGAGGGCCGUCUGAACCAGGCCAUCGAGAGGAACGCCUUCCUGGAGAGUGAGCUGGACGAGAAGGAGUCCCUGCUGGUGUCCGUGCAGAGACUAAAGGACGAGGCCAGAGACUUGCGUCAGGAGCUGUCGGUGCGAGAGAGGCAGACGGACGGGACCAGGAUGUCUGUCCCCAGCUCGCCCACUCAGGACAGCGUCAAGAUGGACCCGGCCGGGCCGGCCUCCGUCUCCCUGCCCGCCACCCCGCUGAGCCUGGGUCUGGACAACGCCUUCGCCGGCCCCACUGGGCUGUCUAACGGCUGCGGCAGCAACUCGCCACUGACCCCAUCAGCAAGGCUAUCGGCCCUCAACAUCGUCGGGGACCUGCUACGCAAAGUUGGGGCGCUGGAGUCUAAGCUCGCCGCGUGCCGGAACUUCGCCAAAGACCAGCGGGCGAGGAAGGCGUACGCCAUCGAGAACGGCAACAUCCUCAACGGAAACACAGCCCCCUACCCCAAGACACUGCACACGUCGUACUACGACAAGGCGAGAGAGCGUGUCAUAUUCCCUGCAUUGAUCCCUGGUAAUAGCAACCCCCCCCCCCCCUUGCCCUUCCCCGGUUGGGGCAUGUGCAUGCCUUCGCUAGCUAUCCAAGCUCUUUUCUGAUGUAGCCUUGGCUGCUAACCCCCGUGGUGGUGGGCGAUGGGGUACUAACCGCUUUCAUGGUUUCUGGUCGCCGUCUGGGUGCAGGUUUCCUGUACCUCUGCAGGGGUAAUCUUGUGUUCUUUUCCUUCUCCAGCACGACCAUGACUUGACGCAUUACACGGCCUCAUGUCAGAGGGCCUCUGCUGCCGAUCGAUUUAGUUCUGCUGUGAUUCUAACGUCUGGGAUCCACAGCCUCUCAUUCUUGUCACACUGGUUCACGUCUUUUAUUUCUGAAGUGUUAAACGCUACUUGAUUGUUUUAGCUUAACAUGAGGAGAGCUAAACGUGAGCAUUGUGUGGAGUUGGAUAACUUGCAUUCAGUAUCAAACCUGCUUUAACCAGCUGGGAAGCACUUAGAAUAAGCUGUGCUAUUGAAACUUUAGUAAACAGAAUACCUUUGGUAUUGCACUGGAACUCUGAGUGGACCACCGUGGCUUGGAUAGGGUAGGUUAUUUAUCUAUUUAUUUGUCUUUCAUCGACUUCAGAUUGGUAUUCAGCUCGUAGAACAAUGUUCUACGAGCUGAAUCUGCUUAUCCAGCCGAUAGUCGGGGGUCUGUAUAAAGAGCAGAGAGAGGUAGAG